UGGGAAGAAGUGGGCAGGGACAUGGAGCCGUGGGGAGUACCCAACAGGCAGCAACGGAAAAUAGCCCUUGGAUCCAGGCGUCAGAACAAGGGCUGUCCACCCCAGCCAUAAUAUAUUAACAAAGGGGGACACACUAGUGACCGUUUAUGUUUUUUAGUUUGUUAUUGAUGGGAAUUACUGAUGAAGCAGAUAUUAUCGUAUACUUCAGUAAGAUAUAGCAAAGUUAGCUAGUUAGCAAGUCUGCUAGCUGAAAAAAGUUUGUUAGCUAUCAUAGCAUAGCUAAUUAGCUAGCUUUCAAACCUAACUUGGCUGUGUGGUUGGUUAGGUUUUGUUUUGUCUCUAUGCGAAAGUUGGUUGCGAGUUACUACAGCUAGAUAUUAAACCACUGAUGUCUAUCAGGUCUCAGCAGUAAAAUGAAGUCUGACUCCAAGGACAGUCCUUUUUUUACUUCGUCGCGAAUGUCAGCGCCGUGAAUGUUUGCCAGAUGGAUUAUUCACGAUUUUAUUGCUGCGUUGAUGUCGUUUAUUUUUGAGUUAUGCUCUCAAGAAAGAAAAGUAAAAACGAAGCCUCGAAACCAGCCGAAAUCCACGGGAAAUAUGUGAAGAAGGAGACCUCACCACUUCUUAGAAAUCUGAUGCCAUCCUUCAUCCGGCAUGGCCCUACUAUUCCGCGGCGUGGUGAAGUUGCCCUCCCUGAGCCGAUUCCCGCCUCCAGCUACCCCUCAGCGGGGCCUGAGGCUGGCCCGCCGCACGCCACCAAAAGCUUCCUGCGGCAGCAUCCGCAGCGCUCUGCCCAGGAGGUGGCACUUCGGGCCAGCCAGCGUCUGUCUGCGCCGCCAUACGGCUUGCGCGGGCCAGGCGAGCUGCCGCUGGAGUAUGCCGGCUCGCAGCAGUCCUUCCUGCCGUCGCCGGGGCCGAUGGGCGAGGCGGAAAACGGCGGUGGGGACGUGGGAGGCGGCCGUUUCUAUUAUGCAGAUGGUCCCGCCUCAGCUGCGGCCGCCAUCGCCCCUGGUUACUACAGGGCCCCACAGGGCCUGCGCCGGCCACCGCCGCUGCAGCUGCCUCCUCCAGAACGUUUCCAUGACGACUAUCGCUACUACGAGCACCACGCCAGCGAGCAUCCCUUCUCCAGGAUGCCCCCGCACACUCCACCACCAGCUCAGACCAGACCCCCUGCAGGCAUCGGGCGCAUGCAGGCCAAGUCCCUGGGCAACCUGUCCAGCCCCAGCGGCAGCGACGAGAUCCCGCUGCCGGGCGGCUGGACGGUGGACUGGACCAUCCGCGGCCGGCGCUACUACAUCGACCACAACACCAACACCACGCACUGGAGCCACCCGCUGGAGCGCGAGGGCCUGCCGCCCGGCUGGGAGAAGGUGGAGUCGGCGGAGUUCGGCGUCUACUACGUGGACCACGUCAACAAGCGUGCCCAGUACCGCCACCCGUGCGCCCCCAGUGUCCCUCGUUAUGACCAGCCCCCGCCCCUCCCCCCUCCAGUGACGUACCAGCCUCGUCCCACUGAUCGUGUGCAGCCGGUCCUGGUGCCUGCCAACCCUUACCACACCGCAGAGAUCCCAGACUGGCUCCAGGUCUACGCCAGAGCCCCGCUCAAGUACGACCACAUCCUGAAGUGGGAGCUGUUUCAGCUGGUGGACCUGGACACGUACCAGGGCAUGCUGAAGCUGCUCUUCAUGAAGGAGCUGGAGCGCAUCGUCAAGUCGUACGAGUCGUACCGCCAGGCGCUGCUCACCGAGGUGGAGGCUCGCCAGAAGCGCCAGCAGUGGUACGCCCAGCAGCACCCGCCCGCCAACAGCUACCCUGUCAACAUGUGACAGACCAGGGGGCGAGACGGCCACCGCGUGUCCUCAGGCACCGUGCUCACCGCCUCAACCUGUGGGGACAGUGAUGAAGAAGGGGAGAGCGGGAUUAGCGGUGUGAGGACAGGAUUGAAGGGAACGUCAUGAUCAACAGUGUUGUUGAUGAUGAUGAUGAUGAUGAUGAUGAUGAUGAUGGUGGGAAUGCAUGUCACAACCUGGCUGUCUGUGUCUCUCCUGAGUCGUGCAUCAUGCCCAGGGAGUCCCAGUCAGGGCAGUGCAGGCCAGUUUUGGGUGACAUCAUUUGUUUGUGUCUGUGUGUGUUUGUUUGUUUAUUCUCUUGCUUGUUUUUUAUUUUUAUUUUUAUUUUUAUUAUGUCGGCACAUCAAGUCUGACUGUGUCACACUUUGCAUUUCCCUAUUUUGACUCGCAAUACGUUGGAGGCGGGCCAUGUUGGGGCUCUCUGAAUCCUCGUUUUAAUGACUGACGUCACAUCGGAGCUGCUUUGUAGUUGUUUUGUUGUUGUUCUUUUUAUUUUUGCUGUCAUUGUUCUUGAUGCCAAAACACAUCAGUGCCUUUGCCACUUAAGCCAAAUCCAGCGGAACUGAAAACACCAGCGAGAACUCCUGUCGGUGCACUAAACCUGAGAGACUCUCUUGUUUACAAAUGUAACAGGCUUUAUGGGGUCUCUGAAGACCUCAGGACUCACUCAGUCUACACUACACAGAAAUCGUGUUUGUGUAUGUGCGCGCGCUCAUUUGAAAGAGGCAGAGAGGCAAAUUGACAUGUUUAUAUGUGUUUUUUUGUUGUUUUUUUUUGCCUCUCAAAACGUUUGAUACUUCAAAAGUAUUUUUAUAAUGGCAUUUUCAUUCAAUGGCAUAAUCCUCCGUGUAAGUGACCGCUCUCUCCUCUCCUCUCCUUUAUAACGUGUCAGUCCACUUGGGAGACAAUCCUCUCUGUAUGCCCCGCUAACCUUCUGUGGGAGGCCUGGGAUUCAGCUUGGGUAAUAUGUCUUAUUUUAAAGACGCUAUAUUAAUGUAUUUUAAAGGUGGUGAACUUUUGAAGGCCCAUAGUUCAGUCUCACAGAAUGCCUUGUGGUUACCGUGGCUCUUGGCUCUCUCUGCCUUAUUCUGAAGACCUGGUAAUUAUAUGGUUGUUUUUUUUUUUUUUUUUUCAUUCAGUGCUCUAUCAUUAAAAAUAUAUCAUAAGCUAA